CUGCUUCAGUUUAGAAAAUCAUUUUCAAUUAUUCAAGUAUUCUAAUUAACGUUAUUAAAUAAUAAUCAAAAAAAAAUUAAAUUAUUGAAUUAAUAACUAAACAAUCAUCCUUAGAAAUUUAUUAUAAUAAUAAUUUAAAAAGUACUUUGUUAUUGAAAAAAUGUCUGUGAAUACAGAUUGGGAUAUUGAAAAACACAAAUUAGAGCAUGAGUGUGACGAACAUUGGGAAUUAAGAAAAAGAUUCUUAGAAGCUCACAAAGACAGAUUUCCAGAAGAUCAAUUAGUUUGUCUAGCUCAAGUAUUCACUAAUAUAGAAUUCUUAGGAUGUAGAUAUCCUCAAGAAACAAUGGAUUUAGUAGCAGAGUUAUCUAAAGAUGUAGCUAAAGAUUUUAGAGAAAAACAAAAAAGUAAAUUACAAAGAACUUUUGUUAAAGCGUCUGAUGCAGCGAAUGCUAAAGCUAAAGGACAGCAAUCUCCUCACAUCGGCUCUUCUUCCACUCAUGAUGGAAAUGAUAUAAAACGACACGAAAAAAUAGACGAAUUACCACGUAAGAGAUUCAAAGUAGUUCAUGAACAACCAUAUGGAAAAAUAGUUAUUUUAGAAUACCCAAAUGUAACUCCUCAAGCUACAAUUGAUUCUUCUGUAAAAAUGAGUGGUCAAAAGAUAGAUUGGAAGUUUGAAACUAAGCAAAAUAAUAAAUGCCGGUGUGAGGUGUAUAUAAAUAAUAAAAAAAUUGCAGAAGGUGUUAGUCAAAAUAAAAAAACUGCCAAAGCAAAAGCAGCUAAAAAUGGUUUAACUGAACUCCAAAAGUAUUAUUAUACCAUUGAGGUAAAACAAAUUUGGAAAGAUAAUGGAACUAAAAAGCAAAGUGAAUUAAAAUCAGACAGUGACUCCAAUAAAAAUUCAUUAACAUCUGAUAGUAUUGGAGCAAAGUUAAUGAAAUUAAUGGGUUGGGCAGGCGGAGGCCUUGGAAAAUUAGAACAAGGCAUUAUUGAACCUGUCACUCUUCAACGACAAAUAUCUCGCGGAGGGUUUGGAUUAAAAUUAGAUUCUAAUAAUAUGAGUCUCUUCAAGAAAAAAUGUCAAGAAACAUUACGUCAAUACAUUGAAGAAGGUGUUACACAAGAUUAUUUAAGUUUUCCGGAUUUCACUAAUGAAGAACGAGCAAUAAUGCAUGAAUGUGCAAGGAAAUUGGGUUUAAAGUCACAGAGCCAUGGUCCUAAAAAUCAAAGAACACUAUGUAUUUCACGCAAAAUAAAACCAAGCGAUUUAAUUUCUGAACUAAUAGAAAUUGGUGGACAUUCUGAACAAUAUACUUUAAAAUCUCCAACAAAUAUGAAAAAUAAUUCAUGAAUUUAUUUUAAAAAUGAUAAAAAUAGGCACCGCAAUAACAUAUAUACAUAUAUAUAAAUGAU